AUCUACCCGACUCUGAGCUCAUCUGCCGAAAAUACCUGCUACUUGUUGGGUUUACAUUUCUUCCCACAAGUGUCUUGUGAAACUCCAAGGUGAAAUUCUCUAUGUAUAAUUCACAUACUACUCUCCGAACUUAAGAAAUCUAGUUUUAGUUUUAAAGGCAGUCCAUUGCUAAAACAAGCAAGAAUAUGUACGCUUCAACAAAGGAUGAUAGAUUUUUAUCUAAAAGAUAAGACCCAUUUACAAUCCCUUCAAACUUAGAAAGAGGUUUAUAUCAGUGGGUGAAAAAAAGCUGUUCAACUGGAAACUUCCCUGAAGACGCUUUGGUGGGACUGAGCUCAGUGCCAGAGGGGGAGAAAAAGGCCCAGCAAAAAAGGGGUUACAUCCGGACCUGUGGGAGGUGCCCGCCCGCCAGCCGCGGGCCUAUAAAGCCUGCCUGCGGCCGCCAGGGGCCAACGAACCGACAACCGACCGGGCUGCCUGCCCAAGGACAACGGGCUGGGCUCCGGAGCCUCCACGCUCCUCUCCAGCGUCCCGCGAAGGUCCCGAUUCCACCCCCAAGUCCAGAGUCGCUGCCGCCCCCCAGCCGUGAGCACAUCCCGGAGGCUGGCGGAGCUGCCCUCCCAGGGACGGGGGACGGGUCUGCUCAGAGGACACACGCGGGUGGCCAGCGGCAGCCGCGCAGAUCUGGACCAGCAGUGGCAAUAUGAAACAAAAUGAUACCUGACUGUUUUAUACUCCCCUUUCUAUUUGUAAAUUCGUGGCCAACUUUCAUGAGGAAAGUGUGUCAGCAGUAAGGUUCAUGCUUAUCUUUUCAUCAGACCACCAUGAAAACAGCAGCAUUGCUCAAGGAUCAAAGACCCAUUUACCCGGGAAAGAAGUGACGGCCAACACCUAACGAGCACAGGGGAGGGCAGGUGUGUCUCAAGGGCUCUGCUUGCCUUGGAGUUUCCUGAGAAUCGGUCCAAAACUUUCCAAAAUCCCUACGUUUAAAGAGCAAAACCAGUACUCUGAGCAGUUUUACAGAGAAAUUUAAAAACAGAGGCUUUACACAUCACAGAUGGAAUCUGAGAACAAUGGCACUUAUGUGGUUCAAAUUGGGAUUACCUACCAAAGAUGAAGAACACAACACAACUAGUAAAAUCCAGUUUAUCAACCCCAGUGAAGCAGAGGUUAUUGAACCCUUUUAAAAUAACUGACGCCAAGGUCCCGAUUCAUCUCUUUCCUCCUUUUUUUAGAAACUCUGUUUUCAAGCAAUAGGUCAGUAAGCACCUGCUGCUCUGGCAACUUUGAAAACGAUCCCUGGCCACCUCCCAGGUGCCCGGGAGUGAGGGGCUCGGGUGUGGCGGGGACACAGCCGCAGACCCAGAGGCCAGGCAGAAGCGCAGGCCAGAGCGCAGGCGCCGACCUCCACCUCCGGUUGCACAAGUGCCCCUGGGACCUGCUCCGCUUUUACACAUGCCUGGCUCACUUCCAAGGGCAGCACCUUUCCGUCUCAAGAUGGAUCUCCCGUUAAAAACCGGUUUCUGGGAGCCCUGCGGCAAAGCCUGAGAGCCCGGCUGUCCCUCCAGGCGCCCGGCCCCGGCAUGGAGACGCCGCCGGGCGCCUGCAACGGCUGCUCCACCGGCCUCGAGCUGCCCCGCACGCUGGCCAACGGCUCGGUCGCGCUCUCGGAGCAGCAGCAGUACGCCAUCGGGCUCUUCCUCUCCUGCCUCUACACCAUCUUCCUCUUCCCCAUCGGCUUCGUGGGCAACCUCCUGAUCCUGCUGGUGAAUAUCCGCUUCCGGGAGAAGAUGACCGUCCCCGACCUGUACUUCAUCAACCUGGCGGCCGCGGACCUCAUCCUGGUGGCGGACUCGCUGAUCGAGGUGUUCAACCUGGAUGAGCAGUACUACGACAUCACCGUGCUCUGCACCUUCAUGUCGCUCUUCCUGCAGGUCAACAUGUACAGCAGCGUCUUCUUCCUCACCUGGAUGAGCUUCGACCGCUACCUGGCCCUGGCCAAGGCCAUGCGCUGUGGCCCGUUCCGCACCAAGCCCCGUGCGCGGCUGAGCUGCGGCCUCAUCUGGAUGGCCUCCGUGUCCGCCACCCUGGUGCCCUUCACCGCCGUGCACCUGCGGCACAGUGAGGACGUCUGCUUCUGCUUCGCCGACGUCAGGGAGGUGCAGUGGCUGGAGGUCACGCUGGGCUUUGUGGUCCCCUUCGCCAUCAUUGGCCUCUGCUACUCGCUCAUCGUCAGGGUCCUGGUGACGGCGCACCGGCACCGUGGCCUUCGCCCGCGGAGGCAGAAGGCGCUGCGCAUGAUCCUGGCCGUGGUCCUGGUCUUCUUCGUGUGCUGGCUGCCCGAGAACGUCUUCAUCAGCGUGCACCUGCUGCAGCGUGCGCCGCCCGGGGCCGGGCCCUGCCAGCGGUCCCCCCGCCACGCGCACCCGCUGGCCGGCCACGUGGUCAACCUGGCCGCCUUCUCCAACAGCUGCCUCAACCCCCUGGUCUACAGCUUCCUCGGGGAGACCUUCCGAGACAAGCUGCGGCUCUACCUGGAGCAGAAAACCAGCCUGUCUGCCCUGAACCGCUUCUGCCACACGGCCCUGAAGGCGGUGGUCCCGGACAGCGCCGAGCAGGCCGAGGUGAAGUUCAGCAGCGCUGUGUAGGGGGCGGGGCGGGGCGGGGGGGCGGGAAGGGCCAGACGCCGUGCCCCGCGCCGCCCUAGGGCGCCCUCCCUCUGGUCACUCACACACAGAGCUGUCCAUCCAUCUGGGUCGUGAGCAUGGGGCACGGACCCCGCACACGCUGGAUCAGCGGCAGACGCUUCUGACACCCGCCAACGAGAGCGAGAAGGAGGGGGACACUGGGAUGAAGUACCCUCGUUUCAAAGCAGACGUGCCAGAAAUUUGCCAUUUUAGAGGAACAGAACUCACGCAGCUGACGUGAACUGAAGGUGGUGGAACACCUUCCGCACCUGCGUGUGUGUGUGCGUGCGUGCGCGUGGGUGUGUGUGCGUGCGUGCGCGUGGGUGUGCGUGCGUGCGUGCGCGUGGGUGUGCGUGCGUGCGUGUGCGCGUGUGUGCGUGCGUGUGUGUACCGGGCGCCACGGCUAAGCAGGAGGACGCCGGGCGCCCCGCACCUCCCGCCAGCCUGGGGAGGGACGCCUCGGGCGCCUCCUGAAGGGCGGGGUGAACGCAGCGGUAGCAACGGUGACAACGCAGACCCCUCUCGUCAAAACGUAAAACAGAGGGCUUCCCUGGUGGCGCAGUCGUUGAGAAUCUGCCUGCUAAUGCAGGGGACACGGGUUCGAGCCCUGGUCUGGGAAGAUCCCACAUGCCGCGGAGCAACUAGGCCCGUGAGCCACAGUUACUGAGCCUGCGCGCCUGGAGCCUGUGCUCCGCAACAAGAGAGGCCGCGAUAGUGAGAGGCCCACGCAUGGCGAUGAAGAGUGGUCCCCACUUGCCGCAACUAGAGAAAGCCCUCGCACAGAAACGAAGACCCAACACAGCCAAAAGUAAAUAAAUAAAUAAAUAAAUAAUAAAAAUAAAGGAAUUCCUUUAAAAAAAAAAAAAAAAAAAAAAAAAAAAAAAACGUAAAACAGAAAACCUAAUGAGUCUGGGAAUGUCCAGUCUUUGUCAAUAAAGUACAGCCAUGCCGAUUCUUCCGAAUUCUCUACCUGAGCAGUUCCCUGAGGGGCCGGGGGAUGGGGCACUCAGAGCCUCAGCAGCAGAACCACCCCUUCCUCACUAAGAAAAAGCUCCCCAGUGUCUGGAGGCGCCCUCGCCGCCCGGAGGACUCCGGGGGCUCCGGCCCAAGCCCCGGGACGGUGCCUGACACGGGUGCCACACGCUCUCUGUGCACCAGGAUAAUCUCUACUGCAAACACGCCACACAGCCUCGCUCUUCUAGGGGCUCUGCAGGGCUGGGCCCACCCGCCCCGCCCAGGGCCCCCUCCUCCCCAGAAGCACAACCAAGACGGGACGCGGCUGACCUCGCCGGGAGGUCGGCGAACAAUGUUAAGUGACAGGAAGUGAGCCAUUUUUAGUUUUAACAGUUCUCGAUGAGUGCAAACCUCCGACAGAGAGUAUCUGUCCCAAGGAAAUACCUGCGUUCAACAAGCGCCGUCCCCAGUGGCUCCAGCCCCACCGAAGCCUCGCCUUCCACACAGACGCGCACCUUACGAGGCAAGAGCUGUUAUUAAGUUCCCUUAGUCCGCAAGUCCCCAUCGCAGGAGCCCCAGCACUGAGGCCUCCAUCACGUGCACACUUGCUCUCGUCCCCGCCGGGAGGGUGGUGAUGGCCGGGACACGGACAGACAGUGUGUUAGUGAACGGGGCCUGUCCCUGACCCUCCAGCAAACCCAGGAGGUGCACGCAUGGCCCCAAGAGUCUGACUUGACCGCUGGAAACCUUAAGCAGUAACGACACAGCCGGGAACCAGGCCCCUCCCUGUGUGCUCGGCUUACCCUGGUCUCCAACAGGUAGGAGCAAACCACGCGGAAGCCACGCAAAGCCACCCGGGGUCACAGCCCCGUCCUUCCCCAGAGGUGCCUGACAUCAGGAUAUCUGGGUGGGAACUGCGUCCGACCGAGGCCCCAAAGUGUUGAUCAGGGACGGGGCAGCCCUCACUCCGUGGGCUGGCUGGGUGUUCACAGAACCGCCCCCCGCCGCUGGCUAAUCAGAGGCAGCUUCCAUCCCGCGGUCCCUGGUUCACCUGAGACCACAGAGCAAACCUGUCCUCCUCACACCUGACACACACCCCAGCAAGCACUGAGGCCUCGAGAGCUCUGUGGGCAGAGACACAAGUCAAACAGGCCCCCGCACAGCACCUGCCGCUCAGCUCUGGAAGCCCAUUUCCUGAUCUGCAAAACCAGCGGCACAACGGCUCCGAGGGCCCGUUGGGGGGAAGACGGGCUGUGGGAUCACUGCAAGGCAGGUACAAGGCAGAGGCCCUGACUUAACCAAAAGGGGUUCUUACUGAACCAGUUCUUACUGAACCGGAGCCCCUUCUCACCCGAGACCCCAGAGCCCUGGCUCCGGGGGCAGAGCCACGAUCAGCGCCCCCAGCGGGCUCCGAGCACGCACAGCCGCCCGCCGGCUCACACACGUCCUUCUCGGAGCGUUUAUCUGAGAGCGGAGGCUGGUUUCAUGAUUUUCGCUGGAGCAGCACAAGAUAAAGUCAAGGCGUUCGAUGGCUUUGCUGUUUCCUGGUAACCCCGCUCUCCCGGGCAGUAACGCUCUCCGAACCCCGCCAAGAGCACAGAAGUGGAGAGCAGCCAGCACGGAAAGCACAGUGUCAGCACCGAACGCGACUUCCUAACGUCCUCUGUGCUUAAUAACUCACUCCCCCGAGCCUGGGAGGCCCCGAGCCUGGAGGGCCCUGGCGGGAGGGCUGUGCACCCACCCCGUCGGAGGGAAGGCUGGGCCCUAACCUCCCUCUUGGCCGGGGUGUGGGGGCACCUCUGAGAUGACCCUAAACCACCAUGACCGAGCACAUUAGCGAGGGCGCUGCCCUGACGGACGCGGAGACGGGAGGGGGAAGGGCAGGCGGCGAGCACCCGUGGGAGUGGGCGGGAACUGGAGUUCGGGCUUCAGCCCCAGUGUCUGUGGCAGGAACGUGCACGGGGGUGUGUGGUGUGCGUGUGCCUGCUGGGCGUGAGCACCUCGGACACGGACGGGGUGUGUGUGGACACGCUGCCACGGGCACCUGUACCUUCCCCAGCCCACCCUGCCCAGGCCUGGGCCUCCAGCACCCCUACCCUCACAGGAGGCAGGCGCCUCGGGGUCCUGCACGGGGUGUCCCGCCAGGAGGCGACAAGCAUCAGGACGAUGACAGGGUCACAUCACCAGGACACAGGGACCCAGCUCAAGGGUUCCCACUGGACGACCUGGGCAGUUUGAGCAUCGAGAUCAUUAGACGGGUAAGUAACCAUCAACUACUGAAAAAUGAGAAUCCACGAGUCCAUCCGAUAACAAACAUAAAUAUCACCUAAAUAAACUGAGCAAUGAAGUAAAUACAAGAACCCACAGGAAUGAAGGAAGGACUGAAGGGAGGAGUGAGUGACUAUAUGGGAAGGACCCUGCUCAGAGCAGAGGCCGGCUGACUGGUCCGGCGGAGGGUGCUGGGAGCUCGUCACCCACGACUGUCGCGCAGCCUGGGACAGGCGAGACCCCUGACGCGGCUAAAGCAGGGGCACUCGGUGGACCAGGAGCCGGACGCCCGACCGCUUUACCGCGGGGAACAGUGACCAACAGCACAGAGACUGGACGGCCCUCGACUCGGGGCUUCCGAGGAGCCCACCCGACGGGAGUCCAGACACGGACCCCAGGACAGGCGGGGCAUCCCCACGUCCGAAUCCGGGAUCACAGCCAGAACCUAAUGGGGGGGAAGCACCACCAAGUCCAAAACAGGGACAGGAGGCAGCCUCCACCCACAAUGCCACGUCACGAGAGACAAAGGAGGCGGAGGGCUGCUCCCAGUUAAGGGACGGUCGGGACACGAGCAGCUAAACCAGAAUGUGGUCCUGGGGAGGACGGCCCCAGGAAGAAAAAACGCUACAAGCGGGGGGUCCGCUGGUGGAAGUGCACCCCCCAGGAGACUAAGGUAUCACAUGGACGCUCGACUCCCCGAGACCAAGGGCCGCGCUGCCACUGCGGGGACGUGAGGUGAUGCCCUCACGCUAAGGGGACACACACAGAGGGAGCACGAGCUCUUUAGGCGGCAAAGCAAUUGGGACAAGUGUGUGCAGUGCCAAUUCCAUGUCGGGGUACACACUCAAAGGGGUCGGAACAGAUUCUCCAACAAGUACUUGUGCGCGAGUGUCCACGGCAGCUCCCGUCACAGUAGCUGGCGGUGGAAACAACCCAGGUGUUCACCGACAGGUGAAUACAACUCGGUCCGUCCACACGGCCCCGGGGCCCCGGGAGGGCAUGAAGCACUGACACCUGCUGCAACAUGGGGGAGCCCGAACACACGGUGCUCCGUGAGAACCAGGCAGGAAAGGACCGCGCUGGGUGAGUCCGCUGGCGUGCAACGCCAGAGCUGGCAAGUCCGCAGACAGGAAGCAGGCAGUGGGUGCCCGGCGCCGGGGGACGGGUGGGGAGGGGCUGCAAACGGGGACAGGGUGAGGCACGCGUCUCUCGAUAGCGACCCAUGACGGCCAUGCCGCCCUGUGAGCCGCUGAGAACCACUGUGGCUCCCAAGAGGAAAGGGUGCAGGGACAGUAGGUAAGCUGCAUCUCAGUGAAGCGGCCCUGGAAAGAGCCGGGCGCAGCACUGGGUCCUCUCCCACGGCUGCCUGCCCUGUGGACGUGCAGCCCUGCAACACGACUCGAUGCCACCGUCCGUUUCUGCCCACAAAGGGGAGACAGCCUGCACUGCCUGAAAAUGUUAAGGUUUAAGCCGGCCGGAAUCCGAGAAGCUUCCGCUAACGUGUACUGCAAGCGUUCUCAAUAAAGUUCUCUCUUCUUCCUUACUGCCUAGUAAUUCAAGUUUUCUUUUCUU